CCUGUCAGUAUAUUAAUAUAGUAAGUAGUAGGCAUAUUUUCUAUUAUUGUAGCAAGCUUCUUGAAAAUUUGUAUUUUGUUCAAAUGUUAUAUUGAGGAAGUUAAGCUGAAAUUAUUCGUAUUUAAAAAUCGUAUGCCUUCAAGUAAAAAAGAUCCUUGUAAAAAAUUUGCGUGCAGAAUACAAUCGUGUCUGGAAAAACACAAAUAUCAAGAAAGCAGAUGUUUAGAGGAGUUAGAAGACAUGAGACAAUGUUGUCUUAAGUGGCAUAAGGAAUCACUUUGCUGUUCAGGAAUAAUUUUGGACAAAGAUUAUUUAGACAGAUCUGAAAAUUUAAAAGCUAAAUCACAAUAA